AUGCAUCGCCUCACCAACAUUCUGUGCCUUUGCUUGGCCAUUUUCUUCAACUCAGAUGCGGCCCCGAUAACUCUGCAACUUCCGCUUUCCACCUUCCAAUGGACAUCUAACCUCCCCGUCAAAACCCUUUCUGUUCGUCGACCUCGUAUGUCAGAAAGGGUUCCGAACCUUAUCACGCACGAAAGGCAGAGAGCGAACCAAACAUCUGGAGGCCUAACCCUUGAUCCAUGCGGAGGCGCGGCGUCGUGCCAGGCUGGGCGGACUUGUUCACCCUUUUCGGGCCCCGCGGGCCAGCCGUGUGAGGUCGAUGGACGCUGCGUUUGCCUACCUCCCAUUCCGGAGCAAUGCGAAACGUCUUCGGAGUGUGUGGAUGGGGAAGUGUGCGCGAGGGUGUUUGCCAACCCAGAGCCAAUCUGCGCAUCUGCCGCCAUUGCAGAAAAUCAAGUCUUUGCUGAAGAAGUUUCCCCAUCCAGACCUAUUGGCAAUCCGACGGGAGGACUUAGUGUGGAUUAUUGCAGCACAGACGGAGAUUGCCAGGGGGAUAGAACGUGCUUAUUUUCAGGGCUUGUCAGCAGUUUCGAUCCCUGUCGUGGAAGGGAACCUUGCAUCUGUUUGGCAGAGAACUCAGCCUGCUUCAAUGCAUCUGAAUGUGAUGAGGGAGAGAUCUGCGCUGAAACACCUAUCGAACCUAUUGCUGGAUGCAUUUCGAAGGAGGCCAGCACCAACGCCCCUGGUGUUCAAGAAAUAUCAGACGGCCCACUGUCCACGGGGUUAACUCUAGACUCAUGUGAAACGAACGCCGGAUGCGAAGGUGGUCGUCAAUGCGCCUUUUUCAAUCUUCCGAAUGUCGAUGUAUGCGACGGAAACCAACCCUGCGUGUGUCUGCCACCGGAGGACCCAGCUUGCGUCAAUUCAACAGAGUGCGACGAAGGCGAAGUGUGCGCAGACACUAGUAUCGUCAGUGGCAGAAUAUGCUUGUCAAAAGCAAUGGCCGACAGAUUCGACUCUAUUGUGGAAUUCGGGCCUGCUGGUUCUCCGAGUGAACCGGAUGCGGCCUUGACGCCACUACCCGAAGACGCUGAUGAGACGGUACCCGAAAGUCCCACCGGGGAUCAGGAUGAUUCUGGUCCCUCAGCUCCGGGUGUUCAGGAGGGCCCUAAUUCGCCGCGUGAACCACCUUCCGCUGGAGGGAGCUCAGAAUCUCCGGAGGAAUCAGGAGUAGUUGCUGAACCCAGUGCCGACGAGAUUGGCACAGGUGGAGCCAAACCCAAGCCUAGUACUGCCGGUGGCGCUGAGGUGACUCCUGAAGGCGUAUCUCCAUCAGAAUCUUUUGAGACGCCUUCAGAGCAAGGAGCGCCCGGAGAUGGGGAGAAUCUGAAAGCCUCUGCCGAAGAAGGAGCACCUGGAAACGCGGAUGAAACUGGGGCCACCCCCGGAUCAAGCAAACCAGGAAAUGGAGGUGCGGUUGAGCCCUCCUCUGCACCAUCACCUGAGGACGUGAAUGUGAGGCCAGACCUUGAAAAUCCCGACGAUUCUUCCACGGAGACUGUCGAAGACACACUCCUCCCGUCCCCUGAGAAUGGCGCGAGUGCGCCAGUACCAGGGGCUCCCCGCCCCAAUCGGCCAGGUAGUGGGAAUCGACCUGGUAGUGGAAAUGGAGGCCCUGGUUCGGACGACCGCCCUCGACCUGGCAGGCCUUCUCGCCCUGGUAGACCGACGCCGAACACACCUUCCUCUUCGGACCGCCCUCGACCGGGCAGGCCUUCCCGUCCUGGUAGGCCGACGCCGAACACGCCUUCCUCUUCGGACGACAGCGAAUCUGGGACUGGUGAUACGGCUGGGCCACCAGUCGAUGAGGAGGAUACCGUACCAGGCGAUGGCUCAGGAGAUCCUACAGAUGGCACCAACCCUUCUGAUGAAUCAGGGGAGAACGCUGGAGCCAAUGACUCUCAAGAAUCAUCGGAAUCCGCCGUUGGUGAUGGAGUGUCUGGACCGACAAGCUCAGAAGACCCAGUUGAUGACGAUUCUGUAGGACCAGAUGCCGACCAGGAUUCAAGUGUUCUACCGCCCGGCGACGAAAUUCCUAGCGGUACCGAUGAUGCCGAAUCUAGCAGCCCGCCCUUCGGCGAAGAAACGGAAACGGUAGGGAGCGAGUUUACACCUGCGCCAGGGUUCCCACAAGUGUCGAGUGAGGGAAACGAGGAGGAUGACGUUUGCAUUGACUCUGAAGCUCUGAGGCACUUGGGACAGAGGGAGUUGGUCUUCCUCAAGCACAGAUGGGCUAGAGUUGUAUGCGAUGCGUCCGGGAGCUGCGCGACGCGGGGACAUAUGGUGAUGUAUGAAGGGGAGACGAUGAUGAUGGGGACAUAUUGCGAGAAGGUCGGAUGCGAGAAGCGGACGAUGCUCGUGAACAGCCCGAAGUUUAAGAAGGGGAUGAGGGUGAACUCGAAGACGAGUGGGUUGGAGUUCUUGGCGUUGGCGGCUAGGUACGGGACGAAGGCGGAGGAAAAUAUGAUUUCUUUCGCAGUCAAACUCGGUCUUUAAACGGAGGUGGCUGGUAGCAUCGUUAGAUUGGAUGUACUUGCCAAAUUGAGUGAGUUGUAAAAAGGAAACUGCGGAGACGUGCUAA